UUUAAAGGGUUCAUAUUCAGCUGGUGUCGGGAUGCACGGCACGAUUUCUUCAUUCCCAAGGUGUCUCUUCACAGCCUGAGCAGUGAUGUCGAUGAAACAUGCCAAGCCUAACUUAAGCCAGUCUCAGGUGGCUGAGAUGGUGAAGAGGCUCUACAAUGUGACACCAUCAGAAAUUCGCCCGCUGCCGAGCUACGGUGACCAGAACUUUUAUGUGGCGGCCACCGAUGGUGGUGAGUACGUCCUGAAGAUAGUGAACUCAGAGGACAGUAAGCAGCCUGCUCUGAUCGAGAUGCAGACGUGUGCCAUGUCCUUCCUGCACCAGAAUGGGUUUCCUGUCCAAACAGCACAGCCCACCACCUCAGGACAACUCUUGAGCCUGGAAGAAAUAGAAACUGACUACGGCUGUCAGAAGUACCUGGUGCGGCUGUUGACUUAUUUGCCUGGAACCACUAUUUCCAAGGUUCCUUUAACACCAGAGUUACUGCAUGAAACCGGCAAGACAGCAGCCAGAAUGGACAAAAUCCUACAAGAGUUGGAGCACCCUCAUCUCAGCACCCUGCAGAGAGAGGGGUUCUUAUGGAGCCUGUCAAACAUUCCCCUCCUGGAACCAUACAUCAGCGUAUUAGAUGGAGAUCCUCAGGAGGUUGUGAAAUCUGUCAUGCAUCAGUACAAGACCUCUGUGGCCCCCAGAUACUGUCAUUUCCGCAAGAGCAUUAACCACGGUGACUUCAACGACCUCAAUGUGCUUGUGCACCCUGAUGAGAAUGACGGCUACAGGAUUUCUGGCAUCCUUGACUUUGGAGACAUGAACACUGGCUACUACAUCUAUGAGCUAGCCAUUACCAUUAUGUACAUGAUGUUGGAGCACCCUAAACCCAUAGAGGUGGGUGGGCAUGUCCUUGCUGGCUGGGAGAGUGUGCACCCCCUCAAUGAGGCAGAGAAAGAUUGUCUCUAUGUACUGGUGCUGUGUCGCCUCUGCCAGUCAUUGGUUUUAGCUCGUUACUUUGUGACCCAGCAACCAGAAAAUGCAGAGUAUCUGAUGAUUACGUCCAGGAAGGGCGUCCACAUUCUCCGUCACCUCUGGGAGCUCGGAAAGGAGCAGGUGGAGAAGGUGUGGUUUCAGAGUGCCGCGCAGUUAAGUGACAGAGAGUGAGGAAAGCCAUUCACAAAUUCACAACAGGGUGAAUCCAGUGAGCCUUUUGUCCAGACGCAGUAUCAUUGUAAUUUCACCAAAAAACAGAUUUUUUACUGUUGAGUUUCAGACAUUGUAGCAGGAAUACCACAGUGUGUCCAAAUUAGAGACGAGUAGAUUAGCAAAAAAAGUGCCAGAGGAAGUAUUGAUAGUCAUCAUCACAUACUGAAAAAGCAAAAAUAGUCAUCAAAACAGCUGAGAGUAAGAGCAAGAAAGGAUUUUGAGAGAAGUGCUGCAUAGUGAGCAACUUCAUUCGUAACUCAUCAGGUUAAUAAUAAGUGUAUAAAGUGUUCAGACUUUUUUCCUUGGUGCUCCUUUGUAUGGUAACUCCUCUGUAUUGGUUGAAGAUCGGAUUCACUUGAUUGCGAAAUCCCUCCCUAUUUGCUGUAGAGUGCACAAUUUAAUUCAAUUCAAUUCAAUUUUAUUUAUAUAGUGCCAAAUCACAACCAAAGUUGUCUCCGGACACUUUACAUUUAGAGCAGGUACAGACCAGACUCUUUAUCUACAG